AUGGCUCUCAGCAAAGUCGAGGGCAGAGAGGAGCUCUACGUUGGCGGGCUAUGGGCUAUGAGGCGGUCAGAUUCUCUUGCUGAGCGGCGUAUCACCCAUGUAUUGUCCAUGGUUGCGAUUGACCCUGCCACUCUGAAAAAUUUCAAGGAUGAGCCAUGGUCCCAGUACGGGCGUGAGAUAGAGCACCUGUCCAUUGACAUUGACGACACAGAGGACGCCAACCUCCUCAUCGAGCUACCACGCGCGGUGAGAUUCAUUAGCCAGGCCCUGGGCAGCAGCCCGGAAGAUUUUGGCGCGCAAGGAGAAGCGGCCGCCAGCCAGGAUCAUGGGGAGGGUUUGGGGGCGGAACUUUCAGGGAAGGGGUCAUCCGGAGCGGUGUUUGUGCAUUGCGCCGCAGGAAAGUCACGAUCAGUGUCCGCCGUGGUUGCUUAUCUUCUCUGGCGGUUCCCAGGCCGAUUUGACUCAUCCUUGGCCCCCAACCAAUCCGAGACCCCACAACCCCAGACACGCCGGGAGACAGCCGUCAAGGCUGUCGACGCCGCAGUUGGCUGGAUCCAGCGUACACGGCCGAUGGCAGAGCCAAACGAGGGGUUCAUGAAACAACUGCAGCUCUGGUGGGAAAUGGGCUGCCCGAUAGAGGGUGAUAUCGAAACUCACCCCGUCUAUCAGCGCUGGGCGUACGACCGGGAGGUGCAGGAGCAUCUUGCGGUCGGACAGGCCCCCUCGAGACUUCGGUUCGAGGACGAGAUCGACGGCAGCGAGAGGAUAGCAGCUGGGAACCCUGGGCUCAGCCUCCGGUGCAAGAAGUGCAGGCGGUCCUUGGCCACAGCACCCUUCAUCAUCGACCACCAGAAAGCAGAACAAACAACGGCACAAUGCCAGCACCACUUUAUCGAGCCUCUGAGCUGGAUGCGAGACGAGCUCGAGAAGGGGACGCUCAACGGGCGACUUCUCUGCCCCAACGCUCGUUGCGGCGCCGGCGUGGGUCGGUACGAUUGGAAGGGGUUCAAGUGCUCCUGCGGGGCCUGGGUGACGCCGGCGUUCUCGCUCCAACGAGGGCGUGUAGACGAUGUCAUCCUAAACGCCUCCUCGUCUGCUGCUGGACAGCAACAAAGCUUUGGCAUCAGAAUGCCACCGGGCGCGCGAGGUGGCAACCUGUGA